GAGAAAGGGCACAGGAGGGGGUAAACGGGGAGGCGAGGGGGGCCGUGCUCACCCCCAUGUGCGUGCUGUUGGGGUCGGCGUCCAGGUAGUGGGGGUUGAUGUUGAAGGGCACCAGCCCUAAGGCAGCGAAGGUGGGCGGGUAGACGAUGGGCAUGUCGUUGGUGGUGUUGAUGCUGACGGUUGCAACGUUGGUGCCUGCGCUCGACCCCAUGAAAGGAAUCCCAUCCUGAAGCCCAACACUCUCCAGUUACUAACCCGCAAGACCACCACCACCUCGAAGCCAUGCAUACGUCACAGACCUGGGGCAGAGCAGCGGUAUCUGCUUUGUGCAAUAUGGUGAGUGUGGGCGUGUCAGAGGACCUUCUGCGGGAGCAGUCCUGGGUUCCGGUCUGCCUGGGGGGCGUCCAGCUCCUGGCCAAGUCCUGGUUUGCAGACACAGCGUACCGGCUUCUGCUGAGCGACCUGCAGUGUGUGUGGGAAGAAGAGAUGGAUGCUGCUGCCAUUCAGGACAGAGCACAGGACCUGAACAAGCGUCUGCGUGCACCUGUCUCCGCCUUCUUCUCACACCUGUGCACGGUGGCGUGUCCUCGCCUGACUGGGGGAGGGGGAGGCGAGUUAGAGGAGAACGUGGACCCUGCAGAGUUCUCCCUGCUGCGUUCCCAUGACUGCCUAGAGGUCCGGCUCAAGAGUGAGCUUGCGGGGGUGCCCUUCUACUGGGAAUUCCGCUGCACCCCUGCCGCUGUGACAGUGGUGUGCAGGCACUUUGUGCAGCCCUUGCUGGCAGUGAGCAGGGUGCUGCAGAGGCAGGUGGGGGAGCUGGGGGCUCUGCUCUCCAGGAAGGAUGCAGAAAUCCAGGACUACAAAGAGAAUGGAGCUGAGCUGAGCAGAGCUCGCUUGAAGACGGAGGUGUUUGAAGAACAGAGCUAUAGAGAGGGCUUCAUCGCACAGGCGCUGCCCCAGGUGUGCGCUGCGCGGGAUGAGCUGGCGUUCGACACGGAGCUGCAGGAGCUGUACACAGCUGUGACUGCACACCGCAGUGGCCGCAAGCGCAAGAGCUCCGACAGCCGGGCCCCUGGGGACCCGCUACCCAAACGCCAGAGUCCCCCAGAGGCCCCCAGCCGCUCCACAGUCCCCGGAGCAGAGCUCGGUAGUGCUGUGGGUCAGGCAGAGAGCCGCUCAGCUGGGCCAGAACCUGGACCCGGGUCAGCAGAGGUUCCCCAGCAUGACCAGACCGCCCCCCUCAACCAAGCCCCGUCCGAUAGGCCUGUUUCUCGGCCCCGGAAGAAGAAAGCUCUUGGGCUGUUUCGGUGACCAGUGGACGUUCCUCUUGGUGUGUUGGCUCCAUUUUAAGGACUGAUCUCUGGAAUGAUUCAUUCUUAAAAAUGUUUACAUUCUGUUAACACUAUUUUUUUCUACAGUUUUUUAAAAUUGGUUUAUCGUGUCAAGCAAUAUAAUAAAGUGUCCUUCUCGAGUA